GUUAUUUGGGAAAUUAAAAGCCUGUAUUGCCAGUGGCACUUACAAACCAAAUGCUUUUUCUUUCAAAUAGCACACGCCCACUUGCAUGCAUUUCUAAAAGCCUCAUUUCCUAAAGCUGACAAAAAGCAGAAAUGUCUCAUGCAUCGAUCUGUCUGACCAACAAUUGAGAAUAUACACGCAUUACAAAACCAGAAUAAAAUGCAGCGAAGAGCCACAAUGUCAGGACCCCAGUGGGUUCGGAAAUGCGCCAUGUUUGUGAGAGCGAUGACCCUGGCAGACAUGUCCGGUUUCUUACCCAGGGGACAGCAGCUGGCAUUGAAGGCUCGGAGCACUGAUAAUCUGGACAGUUCUGGGGAGCCUGGGACCCGAUCGGUGGGCACCACUGCCAACUUGAAAGGGAAGAUGAGCAAAAGGCUUUCUGUUGUGAAAGGUCACUUCCCCAAGCUUGUUGACUGUGCCCACUUUCACUAUGAAAAUGUGGACUUCGGUUCUAUUGAGCUUCAGUUUGCCAACGAGCAGAGCGAUGCCAGCUGGACCUUGGGCAGUGCCAAAGAUCUGGUCUUCCUUGUGCAGGUGUCCUGCCAGGGAAAGACGUGGGUGGUGCGGCGUUCGUACGAAGAGUUCCGGACGCUGGACGCACACCUUCAUCAGUGCAUAUAUGACCGUCGUUACUCGCAGCUCUUGACCCUGCCAGCCCUCUGUGAUAUUGGAGACCGAGUGGAGAUCUUCACACCGCUGUUGUCAGAGUAUCUGAACCGUCUCUCCAUGAUUGUGGACAAUAAGUUGAACUGUGGUCCGGUUCUCACCUGGAUGGAGAUUGACAACCAUGGCAACAGGUUCCUGCUGAAAGAAGAGGCGUCGUUAAACGUCCCUGCCAUCGCUGCUGCUCACGUCAUCAAGCGCUACACUGCCCAGGCCAGUGAUGAGAUCUCUAUUGAGGUUGGCGAUAUCUUGUCUGUGAUUGACAUGCCGCCCAAAGAGGACACCACAUGGUGGAGAGGAAAACAUGGGUUCCAGGUUGGCUUCUUUCCCAGUGAAUGUGUGGAACUAAUCAAUGAGAAGUUGCAGCAGUCGGUCAGUGCUCCUGUCAAUAAGCAAGAGGUGGAUUCGCUGAGCUCUAAACCUGGCGUUAUCAACACUACUGAUCCUUCUUCUCCAACAUCAGUGUCUAAGAAACAUGGCAAGUUGAUGGGAUUCCUGCGCACUUUCAUGAAGUCCAGACCCACCAAACAAAAGCUCAAACAGAGGGGCAUUCUGAAAGAACGAGUGUUCGGCUGUGACCUCGGAGAGCAUCUCCUCAACUCUGGCCAAGACGUCCCCCAGGUCCUGAAGAGCUGCUCAGAGUUUAUCGAGAAGCAUGGUGUUGUGGAUGGGAUCUACAGACACUCUGGAGUGUCCUCCAACAUACAGAAACUCAGGCACGAGUUUGACAGUGAGAAUGUUCCGGAUCUGAUGAAAGACAUGUACAUGCAAGAUAUUCACUGUGUUGGCUCUCUGUGCAAACUCUACUUCAGAGAGCUGCCCAAUCCGCUCCUCACAUACCAACUCUACGACAAGUUUGCUGAAUGUAUGGGAGAAAUGACGGAUGAAGAAAGAAUGGUAAAAGUACAUGAUGUUAUUCAACAGCUUCCUCCUCCUCACUACCGCACAUUGGAGUACCUCAUCAGACACCUGGCACGUUUGGCUACCUGUAGUGGAGAGACUAACAUGCACGUUAAGAACCUGGCCAUCGUCUGGGCCCCCAACUUGCUCAGGUCCAAAGAAAUCGAGGAAGCUGGCUUGAGCGGCGCUGAUCCGUUUAAAGAAGUGCGAAUCCAGUCAGUGGUCGUGGAGUUUCUGCUCAGCAAUGUGGAAGUUCUGUUCAGCGAUUCUUUCACAUCUGUUGGACGUUUUAACGCAGCACGGCAGUCUCUGACCAGACCCAAGUCGUUUGUGUCCACCAGACUUCUAUCUCUGGAGGAGGCACAGGCUCGCACACAAGCUCCUCUUCUCCUGCAGGGAUCUCCUCAUGGGUUACAGGGACAGUUUCACACUGUGCUGGACCUGCCUGCAGACAAGAGGAAAAGAGGCAUGAAGAUCCGUAAAUCGGCAGGCGGGAGCUGGAAGACAUUCUUUGCCAUCGGGAAACCUGCAGCAGCAGGUCGGCGCAAACCCGCCAGGAUCUCCUCUCUGUUCCAGCCCACUACCUCUCAUGCAGGUUGCAGGGUUGACAGCAUGACCCUUAGGUCAGCAAAGAGCGAGGAGUCCCUAUCAUCUCAGCACAGUGGAGCAGUUUCAGGUCAGGGGAAGAUGCAGCGGUUACGAAGACCCCGCUCCAGUAGUGACGGUCUCUCUCUGGCUGCAUCUGUCGACCCUCAGAUCCUUCCCCAGCGUUCACCAUCUAGAAUCCACUCCAGCCGCUCUUAUGACAGCCUGUUGCCUGAGGAAACCCAUGGUGCUGAUGAGGAAGAGGAGGAGCAUGAAGAUGAUGAAGAUGAGGAGGGUGUGUAUAUGCUGCCUGAUUUCUCCCAGGAACCGUCUGCUUCAUGGAUGGCAGAAGAUGUCAUUGACUUUAGCCCCACCUUCCUGGAAGAUGGGCCAAUAGGAUUGGGGGGCACGGGUGUGGCUCCUAGCGGCAGGGAGUCGCCACCUGCGGCCGCGCCUCCUCCGUACCGUUGUCUGAGUCACCAAGGACACGCCCGCUCCGGGAGCCAGCGUUCAAUCACAGAGGAUCCUGACUCAGUGCUGAACCAAUCAGAGGCCGCGGCUCGUCGGAGUUUGAUUCUGGCCGCAGCAGCUCCGCCUCAGCAAGUGUUCUGUCAACACAAGCCUACUGCGGUUGCUAAUCCUCCCGCAACCUCAUUCCAGCAGGGUGAUUCGAAUGUAAGCCCAACCCACAGCCAGAUGCCAGCUCCAGUGACCUCCGCAACCCCUUCCCAGCCCCCUCAAGAGCGACGUUCCUUUACACGUAAAGUGGUACAUGCUCUUUCCGCUAAAGCACCAAAAUCCCCACCUCUGGACAUCUCUGACCCCAUUUCCAUCAGUGUGCCUGCCAAGGUUCUGGAAAUGAUUGGAGGGCGAGCUGGUGAAUUGCAGUCUGGAUCCCUAAGCAGUGGACCCCCCCAGCCACCACAGAUGAUAUCUAUGCUCUUGAGGUCAUGUGACUUUCAGCUCACAGAGAGCUGCCAGCAAGAGCUCAGCAGUAAGUUGGGCCCCAGCCUCAAGAUCAAGGGCCCCAGUAUCUUGGGUCCUACUGGUGUUCUCCUACCUUCACAGCAACCCCCUCCUCCUCCUCCCAAAAACCCUGCACGCCUCAUGGCUCUGGCCUUGGCCGAAAGUGCUAACAAGGCCCUGCGGCAAGGUGCCUCUCCCCCUUACCGCCCCCGCCAGAGUGGAACCCCCCCUGACACCGACGUCCACUUCCAGAGGUCCCUCUCUGCUGAUGCAGGAGCUCUCUUGUCCUCUGAUCCUAAUCAGAUCUACUCCACAGUGCGCCCGCUGUCUGUGUGGAUGAAUGAGGGUGAUGAUGAUAGUGGAACUGCAGCUGAAAAGCCAGCAGACAAAUCUGGCGUGGAACCAAGGUCACCAACUGGGCAGGACACUGGAAAUCUCUCUUCUGAUAGCUCAGUCUCUGACUGUGGGACAUCUAAUUCUGAGUUAUCAGCUGCCAGUUCCUCCGAGGACAAUGACCAAACCCCAAGCCCCAUCUAUAAGAAUGAGGAGUCAAUUUCUCCCUCUCAAGCACAACCCUCAAAAUCCAGCCCACCCUCAUCUAGCGAAGCCACCUAUUCUCAGAGAAAACCCCCAGCAUAUGGGCGUCAGUUUUCAGCUCCGCAGCUUCAGCAGCAGAAAUCCAGCACCCAGGCCAAGCCUGCAGCCCAGCCACACUCUCAGCUCCUGCACUCCAAGUCAGAGAGCUCUCCGCUGGCCCAGGUACGAGCCUUCCAACCCACGCGCCCUAAAGUGCCGCCCAAGCCCCCUGAUCUUGCUCCUUUGAGGGCUCCGCUCUCACAGACCGACCGGCAUGAUUAUAUGCGUCGCUCCCUGGAUGCCAGCCGCAUCCGACGCUUGGUAGGGCCUCCUCAAGGGAACACACCACUUUCCAGAGCUUUCUCUGAGCGCAUCAGCAGUACCUCUGACAUGCUAUCUCGCUACCAUGCAGCCAGAAUGGCCAGCCAAGCCACACAGGCUGCACACCUUUCCCAACAGCAACAACAGGCCCAGUCCGUUCAGAUUAGACCUGUUGCCCCCUCCUCUGAAGAUCCAUCCAAGAUGGAAAACUUCUACUAUGAAAUCAGUGCACCAGAGCACCCACAAGCACCACCCAGCUAUGCACGCCACAGCUAUCAGAAUAUGAAGUUGGAUCUGGAAGGCAACCUUCGUCCUACUGACCCAGCCAAUCAAAGGGCUGUUUCCAGGGGUCAACCUCCUCCCUACAGUGCCCAAGGACCUGGGGGUGGUAGGGCUCCGCAGCUGUGGUCAUCUGAGACCACACGAGCUUGGGCCACAGCACAUUCUCACUCUUUCUCUUUUUCCCAUUCUCACCAUCGCUCUCAGGACGGAUCAUCAGGUCAACCUCCCCACCCACGUCCCCAGCGACAGACAUCGUCGUCUGUCAGACAUUCCCGCAGUGAAGUGCAUCCCAUCCACGCAACUGCUGGAGUGGGCUCCUCAGCAGGCAUGAUGCCCUUGUCCGUGCACCAGCGUUGCUUGCACCGUUCCCAACGUUCACCUUCUGCAGACCACACUGCCUCUCAACUUCAUCCCUACUUCGAAAAUGGGAAGGUGUGUUAUAGGUACUUUGAGGCUUCCAGGCUGGAAGACUUGCCACUAAAUGCUGUAUUGAAGCCACAUCAAGCCCAGCCGCCUCGGGCUUCCCCAGUUCAAGGCCUCAUGAAAGAUCAGCCUGAGCCCAUCUAUGUAAACUACCCUUUCACCAGCCCACCAGGAGCUGGGGUUAAUCCAAAGGGCUGGGCGACCACAGAUCUUGACGGAGAUGAUCACCAGGUAUCUGAGACACUAGCACCACCUUCAGAGCCACCAUUCAAUGACAAGCAGAAGCAAUCAGAGCAAGAAAGUCCCACAGCUGGCUUUGACAGUCCUACCCAGAACGAUGCGUUGUCGGAUUCCAAAGCAGUCAAUAUUGCAGCAUCGGCCUCCUCUGCCAUGCACUUCCGCAGUCGCUCAGAUCCCCAAAGUACCAGCUCAGAGCCUGCUCAUGUCCUGACGGGAAAGGAAAUUGCCUCCUUGCUAAUCGAAAGGCUUGCCGAGGAUGAAAGGGAGGGUCCUUCAAUGACGACCUCUUCCAUUUCAUCUUCCUCUCCACAUAUAGAGCACCCCCUGAAUCCCUACCCCAGUCAGCAACAACAGCCACCUCCUGCUUACAAUGUCUACACCCCAGGACCAUCUCGAGGGCGCUUUGAGGGUCAGGUGCCACCAAGGGAGGGAUCAGGAGCUUUCCAACGUCAAGACCCCUUGAGGAGAUCUUCCGGAGGCCAGUAUAGACAAGCUUUUGACGUCAUGCCAUCUGGUGACCAAGUCCUUAAAUUUUACAGAAACCAAGACUUCAUCCCUGGCGCCCAGGGAGAAAGCAUAAACCCUAACCCUUAUCCCCCAAGACCAUAUUAUCAGGACCCCCCAUACCCCAACUGGGUCCCUCAGGGCCUCCCUGAAGCUCCCCACACAUGCACUCCACCUACAGUGGCCUUCUCAAACUUAGCGCUUGGAUCAACAAGAGGAUAUGGGCACCAGAUGGCGGCCAACCAGUAUAAUCAGUACCCAUACCAGUCAGGACCAGUACUUCCUUAUUUUCCCAACACACCCCGACGAGAUGUUGUUCUUGAUCCUUCUCUCCAACCUCCCGGGUUGCGGAACCAGAGAGGACUGAACAGGCAGGGAAGCCUGCCUGGACCCAACUGGAAUAUCCGAACUGAAGGCCAGACCCGUAGUUACUGCUAAAGAGCAAAACUGCCCUGUGUCUUUAGAGGGAUUUAAAAGGACAGUUCAGCCAAAAAUGAAAAUUCUGCCAUCAUUUACUCAUCCUCAUUUUGUUCCAAACCCAUAUGAUUUUCUUCUGUAAAACAAAAAGAGCAGAUGUAAGGCAGAAUUUUAGCCUCAGUCACCAUUUAUUUUAACUGUGCAGAAAAAAAAAGAUGCAAUGAAAGUGAAUGGUGACUGAAGAUAACAUUCUGCCUAACAUUUUCUUUAGUGUUUCACAAAAGAAAAACGUCAUACGGUUUUGGAAAAAUAUGAGAGGUUGAGGACAUGAUGACAGAAUUUUCAUUUUUGUGAGAACUAUUCAUUUAAAAUGAGACAAUAUGACAUAAUUAUAAGCACUAUACUUUUAUGUUUUCUGUACAAGUUAGUGUUGAGAAAGAGGUUUUAUUUUUUUUGUAA